GACACGUUUCAAAAAUAAUCCCUGCAGAAAAAAUCUUCAUUAUAUUUUCAGGCUUCCAAUAUUUUGUGCUGCUGAGAAUCAGGAAGUUGAAGUUGCUUCCAGCUAACCGAGUCUAAAACUUGACAAAAAGUUAAUCUGGUGAUGAGAGCAGAUAAUGAUUAACACAGCCAACAAGGGGAUCCAUUGUGGCUCAUGGCUCAGUGUUGCCAUAUCAAACAGCAGUGUCCUSUAAACACUCGGCUGAAUGCAGSCACAGUUUCACCUUUACAGAUCUUAAAGACGAGURUGUGUGUGMGUGUGUUGAAUUUUUUCUCCUCACAUUUAGAAGAAGAGGUUCAGGAAGGAUGAAUAGCUCCUGCAUCAGCUGUCUGAAAAGUCUGGUGGUGUCUCUCCACUUCCUCUGCUGGCUGUGUGGAGCCUUCGUGGUGGCCUUCGGGGAAUUCCAGAUGAUGCACUCCAAGUUCGCCUCUCUGGUCACCACCUUCUUGCCCAUCUACCCGGCCAACACGCUCGUAGUGAUCGGUACCAUCGUCACCUGCGUUUGUUACCUGGGAGUGCUGGGAGGCAUGAAGGAGAACCGCUGCAUGCUCAUCACUUUUUAUGUACUGCUGUUCAUCCUGAUGCUGGUGGAACUGGCCAUGGCCUGUGUGUUCUUCGUCUACAACAGAGAGAUCGACACAUACUUUGAGAAGGACUUGACCCGCAGCUUGGAGGUUUACAUGGAGUCUGGCCCAGAGGGGAACAAAACCAUUAAGAAUGAUUUUGAUGCCGUCCAGUACCUGUUUAAGUGCUGUGGAGUUCACAGCCCAGAUGACUGGAAGGGGAAAGUUCCGCUGUCCUGCUGCACCAAGAAUCCCUGCAACAUCACUGACCACCAGCCCAACUGGCAGGAGGGCUGCCUGGUGAAACUCAGGAACUGGUUUGCUUCAAACUACCUCAGCACUGCGUCAGGAGUGGUCACCAUGUUCAUGAUUCAGUUCAUGUGCCUGAGCGUCACCGUCCCUCUGUUCUGCCACUUCAGGCGAAGAGGACUGGGUUACAAGUGAGAAAACGCUCCAUGGACCAACUUAGAAAAUUGUUCACGCCAACAAGGUCAUCUGGAUCCUAUUAAAGUGCUGCCUGUCACCCAGAAAGAUAACACAUGUGAGGGAUGGUAGUGUAGUUCUAAUGAUUGGUUUUGAGUUUCCAGCAUGGUCCAUACUCCACAUCAUCACUUUGCUGAUUUAAAAAGCGCCUCUGAAAUGUAGCAGCUCUUAAUGCUGAAGCACAAAAUCAUAUUCAUGCCCACAGGUUUYAACAGACUUUGCAAAGGCGACUGUGAAUCUAGAAUUUUCUAAUCAGUUCUCACAAAGCUUUUACUUGGUAUUGAGCUUUUUAGAGGCCACAGGCAAAUCCUGAUAAGAGUCAACAUGAUUCUUAUCAUGUUUAAUGGAAACCUGUCAGCUCCA